AAUCCUGAGCUUUUGAUAUCGGUAAGAUUUCAUGGAACUACAGCAUAUCUCAUCGACAAAAGUCUUAUACCACUAGUUUUGUUCUGGAUUGACCCAGUUGUUGGAUAUAAUUUCAUAACAUAUGGUUCAUUCGAUACUGAACGUUGCAGUGAGGGCUUACUUUACAUCGUUCAGAAACCGAAGGACUUCAAUACAAAGAGAUAUAAGAUAGGAAGAACAUUUAAUAUAAGUAGUAGAUAUGACUCUACAGUCAAUAGAGUUAAGGUUGUGUUUGUAAAUGAUAUGAGAGCUGCUGAAACAGAACUGCUUGAAGUUUUUGAGAAAAGGUAUGGUGCUCCCACGAAAGGUAAAGAAACGUUUGAAGUAGAUGAGAUAGAUAGUGCUAUAAAAUUAUUUGACGAAGUUGCUGAAAAAUACAUGUAA